UGAACAGGGCCUGCGCACAAAUUUGAUGCUGAUAAUCAAGAAUCGUGAAUCUUCCAUCGUGCCCACACGCAUCACUUUCUCCGCGCCUCUCACCUUUCCCUUGUCUCGCCCACAGCAUACUCACCCGCCGCUCUGUCGAAUUGACACGCGUCGGCCCCCCGUUCUUGUAGACAGCUUUGCGUCCGUCGGGAGACAUUUCAAAGAUCGCCAUCUGGCCCGCUUGGAAGCGGCACCUUCGACUCAACUCGGGUGGCGCUGCACACAAGCUCGCCAUCAUUUGCAACUUCUUCAGCACAGUCUACGUGUCCUUGUAGUCCUUCGAUUCAGUCGCAAAGCUCCGACGCAAAUUGGCUGGCGGUGGCUACUUGGCGCUCGCACACCGUCUUAACACCACCGCCGACUCAAAUGGCCAUCUCGCCAAUGUCAGAGCAUCGCGAACGGAUGACGAAGGCUGCAGCGUCACCAAGCCCAUCAGCACUCGCGUCUCGCCAUAGUCUUGAUUCUGCUCCCUUCUAUCCAGGCGGCCAUGGGCUCCCUCAAUCACUCGAAAAAUCCCCGUUCACUCGUCCAACGAGUGGCGGUACCAACACCCCUUAUGACAGCCCGACCCACCAAGCUGCCGGCAACGCUGCAAGACACAAGGUCAGCUUGCCCAGCUUUGCUUCACUAGAUCGCGACAGUCAGCACCGUUCGCCUCCAUUGCCCGCGCCAUCUGCCUCCAUCUCCUCGUUUCGAUUGCCCCUGGCCGGCUCGUCGGCGCAGUCAAAUUCAAAUCUGAGGUCGGAGAUUGGUGGUCAUGGCGAAAUGGUGAACGAGGACAGUCCAAGGCGCAAUCAUCACUCGCACUUCUCUGAGCGAAGCACUCUGGACGACUCGCCCGCAACGCUUUCGGCGCCACGAGGCGAGACGAGCUUCGAAGCGUCCCAAUCAGAGCGCCCCAAGGAGCGAGUCCAAGGGUCGGGCGCAAGUAUGAGCUUUGCGCCCCGUUAUGGCAUUCAAGCACCCAGACAGCGUAGUCCUGCUUCUCAGGCUGCGCUCAAUGCCCAUGCCGCUUCUGUAUCAACGGAGCACCAAAAGGCACUCGUGCGAGGAGGUCCAGAUCGUGUCGCCUUGAGCAAUUCCGGCUUGCCUGUGAACGGAGAUGCGAUGCAGAUGGAACAGCAAAAUCGCGAUGCACUCUUGGACGCUGGGGCGAGCGCAGAGUACGGUCUGCGAUGUCGUGACUGCGGUACAACCAGUACACCGCUUUGGAGGCGCGCGGCCGAUGGCAGCGGCAGUUCGCUCUGCAACGCGUGUGCUCUAUAUCUCAAGUCGCACAACAUACCACGCAAAGUGAGCUCCGCACCGAUGCCCACUUCUCCUGAUCCUCUCGCUCGUCCAAGGACAAAUUCUGGCACAUCAAUUCUUCGCGAGUCGCCGGCUGCAACCACCGAGCCCGUAGUGCCUUCUGCACCACCACAAAAUGGGUCGUGUCCUGGCGGCGGUUUCUGCAAUGGCACGGGUGGAACUGCCGCCUGCAGCGGCUGCCCUGCCUACAAUAACAAUCUGGCGCAUUCGGCCCGAAGAUCCCAGGGACGGGCUCCCCGCACGGAGAACAGCUCUACAAUCAAGUCGAUGAAGCCGAGCUCUGAGCCUGUCGGAGAUGCGGAAAGUUCGCAUCAAGCGGCAGAAGCAUCUGCCAUGCAAAUUUCUGAGGCAAGCUCGCCAAAGCCGUAUCCUUUCAAAGACCAGAUAGGGGAGGAUGGGAAUAUCAUGGCUUUGAGAUGCACAAACUGUAGUACUACCACCACCCCCCUUUGGAGACGCGAUGAAGACGGAAACAACAUUUGCAACGCCUGCGGCCUGUACCAAAAGCUCCAUGGCACGCAGCGUCCGAUCGGAAUGCGCAAGUCGGUCAUAAAGCGUCGCAAGCGUGUGCCGGGAGGCAGCAGCACUGCAGCUUCGAAAGCUACGCCUGGCCCUCUCCUUCCUGACACUGGAUCGCCCGCUCGCAGCACGCCACUAGACAAGGGCACGCCAAGCGUCAACACGUUUUCAGCUGCGCCGGAGCCAGCCGCGACUGCUCGCGACGCGAAUGACGCCGCACACGAAGCAGCCAUGGCCUUGAUGGAAGUCGGUCGCCCUCAGCAACUCCCUCAAGCCCAUGCUUUGAGCGCGCAGAAUUCAACGUACGAUGACCACCACACACGAGGCUCCCCUCUUCCUCCACGUGGAAGACCAGACACGCCGGUUUCCGGGCGUCCUGUGAAAAAGCCCAGGAAAAGCGCAAGCACGUCUAGGUCCGGGCAAUUCAGCGAUGAGCCUCGUGGCGCUGAACGUCGCACGCAUGUAGACGACCUCACACUGGACGUUCGCAGAAGCCAGGCUCCGAUGCCAAGAAGAGACCACCUCAGCCUCGACCACGCUGAUUCGCGCAUUCCUUUCUCGGUGCAGCAGCGACCGAGCUCCGCUGCGGACACUGCAGAAUCUGGUGCGAUCAGGCACCCCUCGGCAUACUCAACCACCGCAACGAUUGAGGAUGGAGCGAAGCCCGCCAACGAAGCCAGCCAGCAAGGAGAUAGAAAGGUAGCCACAGCACUGCCAGCGCAAUCUGGCCAGCCUCAUCACCAUCAUCAUCAUCACCAUCAUCAUCCAGCCCACGUCCACACUCAUCACCCCGCCCACGUGCACCAUGUGCCAGUCCGCCCGAGCGCAGCUGGCCUACCAAAUGCCCCUGCAUCCACGCACCCUCUGUCGGACCUUGAGCGUCAUGUCGCAGAGCUCAUUGCAGAAAAGCGUCGCAUCGAAGACCUCAUCGUUCGCUCGGAAGCGCUACUGCGGAGUGCGAAAGAUGGGACCUGGACCCCUGGGCAGCCCUUGCCAAUGCCUCACACUCCGGGCCAUUCCCACCAGCCAAUCGUCAAAACAGCCUCCCACCCUCACACUCACACUGCGCACUUGCACGCUCACGUCCACCCUCACGCGCAUCAUCAUCACACGCAUCCUCAUGCACAUGCACACCACGCGCAUCCUCACGUUCACGCUUCACACGCCCACGCAGCCGUAGGGGAGCAGUCAAAAGCUCUGGCUAGUGCGGGCGAUGGAGUAGGCAGCAAGGCUGCCGACGCAGAUGCGUUGACGGGCGGCGAGGAUGGAGCAGGGUCCGUUGCACAAAGCCAAUCGCAUAGCCACUCAUCCAAGGACAGCAAAAGCCGAUCCACUGGCUCCGAAGACCGCGCAAGCUUCGAAUCGCGCAUGGCUCAGCUGCCUGUCAAAGCAGCCGUGCCUCUUCGCAGGACAUCCAGCGUCGCCUCAUCUGCCACGCCAAGCACACGCUCCGGCGCGAAUCCAGCAGCGCUCGCGACAAAUAGCUCUGUCCGACCAAGAGUCUGGGGCACCAGUCCUCCUAGCGACUCUUCCGCACGGUCCAAAUACGAGGAAGACGCAGAAUCGGCAGAGUGGAAGCGGGCUUACGGCAACCGCCUGCUCGAGUCACCUGGUGAUUGGAAAGGCCACGCGAAGCCUAUCGCGCCGCGGCGCACACCUUCCAACGUACCAAUUGCUCCUUCAAGCCCUGCGAGCAGCUCAAAGAGCAUUCUCGCUGGCAGCGCUACUUCGGAAAGACGGGCCUGAUCUUCCGCUGCAUCGCCAACCUCCACCCAGACGUAAGGGAGGGGUGACGUCUACUGCGAAAGCCCGGUCGCGCGAGGCGAUCCCUUCCGACAUCAGCAUUUGUACUUUACCCAAAACGCAAAAUGAGAGUAAUCGCCUUGCCCUGA